CAGUGCGCAAAAAACGACAGUCAGUGCUUCUAAAGGCGUUUCUUUAGUAACUUUAGAAAUCUAUGGUAUCUAUGCAUCACUUGAAGAGAAUGUACGGACUAAACCUACAGCAAAAUUAUGUAAAACAGAAAUAUUACUAUCAGAUGGCUCAAAAACAUCCUUACCCUGGAAGCGAUGGCUCUUCAUAUGUUCCGCUGUAUGUGUGACUGCGAUAGUUGGGACCUUUCUUUAUGUGUACUUGACCCAAAGGCCCAAUAAGUCGGAAAGUAAAAAUGAAGCCAAAGCGGACACACAACAAAGCAGGAGAGCUUCUUACAUGCGUGGGCCUGAAACAAUGAACACUCUUCAAAGUAAUGAAACACGGACAGGAAUAAAGCCCACGACGCUGACAGACUCGCUCAGACUGCAAAGUGAUAUAGAAUUGCUUUCCAACAGUCGUGUUACUACAACAUUAACAGUUAAAAAUGCGGGGCCAUAUGGAAUAUGGUUUACACCACAAUUUUGCCCAGAAGGAACGUUUGCAAAUGGAUUUAAUAUAAAGUACCAACACCCUAAAGGACCUGGCGCCGACAGUACUGCACUAAACGCUAUUAGCCUUCAGUGUGCCGACAAGAAUGGUGGACAACAAAAGGAACACAGGCUUGUACAGUCUGCGGCAGGUCAUAAAGGUCGCUGGAUUGGAGAUGUUUUCUGUCCAAAGGGAAAAGAUGGUCCUCUAUUCUUGCAGAGAUUUGCGCUAAGGAUGCAAACAAAGAAACACGCUGGGGAUGAAACCAUGGCAAACGAAGUCCAAUUUUCAUGUCGUGAUUUACACUGGAUCCACCAUCCUCAUAAACUAGUAAGACCCAUUGCAGAAGUCAAGGGCGAAUAUGGAAAAUGGAGUAAGAAGUGUCCUAAAGGCUCGGCAAUAUGUGGUAUCCAAACUCGAAUUGGCAGUCAUCUAUCAAAGGGUGAUAACACUGCUUUAAACGACGUUCGUUUCUUCUGUAGUGACUCUACCUUAAAGUGAAAAUAGAAUGUUUCACUUUCUGUACAAACUUGAUUACAACUAUGUGCUUGUAUCAGAAGAGGUAUUUUUCCAAAACCUGUUUAAGGGUAGAAGUUACUACGAAGUACUGCGUGAUUUGUUAGAAUUCACAUUCUUAAAUAUGAGUGUGAUUCUUUCCGUUUUUGGUUUUCUGGUGCCAGAGUUUUAACAUUUAUGAAAUUGUUUUGUAAAAGGGAAUAAUUCUUUGUAAAAGUGAUGUUAUGCUAAGAUGCCCCACAGACAAAUGAGCUUAUAGGCACAUUUCAAUGUACAGAAACAUUUUUGAUUUGUGUAUGUUUGUUCAGUAAAUGUUUGUUAUUUUAUGCUUCUGAUGAAGAUAUCUUACGCCUGCGCAGGCGUAUAACUGUUCUCGAAUGUUUAGAUAUAUUUCACAUAUUGUGUUUUCAUAUGUCCAAUGUGCCGAAUGUGCCACCUUUUGCUUUAAUCAUAUAGUGGAAACUUCAAAAUGAUAUUUUCCAACGACGACUCCCUGCCAACAUUUUUCCAUUAAUCGGAUUCAUCGUCACUUUUGAAGAGAGUAAUAUCCUUUUCACUAGAAUGUUUUUGAAACAUUAAAAGCCUUUUUGUCAGAAACCGCUCGCUUGAUUUUAAAAUUAACAUACACAUAAAUGUCCUUGAGGUGACCAUUAAGGAAGAUCGUUCAAAUUAAUCUUAAUUGUCAAAAACAUGGCGGCAAGAACUUAAAAUGGAAAAAAUCGUCAAACGGCAUAUUUUCCUACUUUUAAAUGAUUUCACAGAAAUGUUCCUUGGUUGACAAUCUCUCAAGAUUUUCUAAGUUAUUCCGAUCCAUAAAAGAUGGCAACUGGAGGGGGUGUUAUUAGUUUUCUCUAUAUGUGCAUAAUAAUCGAAACUUUAAAAAACUUGUCAGAAACUGCCUGUCCGAUUUUUUAAAAUUUAUUUAUUUAUUUAUUUAUUUAUUUUUAUUUGUGUGUGUGUGUGUGUGUUUGUGUG